AUGCCGGCAGUCACUUCGGGCAAGGUCCUCAUCACCGGCGCGAACGGCUAUAUAUCUGCCUGGACAGUCAAAGCUUUCCUCGACGCCGGGUUUUCCGUCCGAGGCACAGUCCGCGAGGAACGAAAGGCCGAGCACCUUAAGAAGGUCUUCAGCACAUACGGCGAUCGAUUCGAGAUCGCCCUCGUCCCCGACAUGACCCUCGACGACGCGUUCGACGCGGCCGCGGCCGGCACCAGCGCGAUCGUGCACACCGCCUCCCCCGUGCACCUCGGCGCCGUCGAGCCCGCGGAGAUGCUCGUCCCCGCCGAGCGCGGCACCGUCUCCGCCGCGCGCGCCGCCGCGCGCACGCCCUCCGUCCGCCGCCUCGUCCUCCUCUCCUCCUUCGCCGCCGUGCUCGACCCGCGCGUGCCCGGCGACCCGGGCGAGGUCGCGCGGCGCGGGGCCGCGAGCACGGGCCUGAACAAGUACCGCGCGAGCAAGGUCGCGGCGGAGCGCGCCGCGUGGGCCGCCUACGAGGAGGCGAAGGCGGAGGGCGGGGGAGCGUGCGCGUGGGACCUUGUGGUCGUGAACCCGCCGUGGGUGUUUGGGCCGGUGGUGCACGAGGUGCGCGGGGGCCCGGAGACGACGAACGAGUCGAACAGGCACUGGCACCGGGCGGUGUUCGGGGGGAGCCGGUCGGGGCGCCGUGAGCACGCGUGGAUCGACGCGCGCGACCUCGCGACGGCGCUGCUGUUGAGCACGACCACCCCCGCAGCGGGAGGCCAGCGGUUCCUUGUCGCGGAAGGCUCGUUCAGAUGGGAGGAUUUCAGGCUGCUCGUGGCGAAGGAGUCGAGCAAGGCGCUUCCCCUCGAAGGUCCCUACGACCCGAGUGCCGAGUACCUCAUUCGGGCGGACACUCGUCCUGCGCAAGAGAUUCUGGGGAUGGUCAAGUACAGGAGCAAAGAGGAGAUGGUGAAGGACAUGUUGGCCGACUACGCACUGCGCGGCUGGCUGUGA